CAUCCCCACAGCACACGUGAGCCCGGUAGGCUCCAGGGUGGUAGGCAGCGUGCCCUCGGCUGUAGAGAGCCGGCCUCGCUGCCUCUUGCAGCUACCACCGGAGCAGCCCAAGACCCCGGCUCUGCAGCCCGGCAGACACCUCCAUAGCCUGUACGGUGGAGAGCCGUACGGUGCGAGGUCAGGCUGCUAAGUCCCUCUAUUCCACUUCAGGGCUUUGCGGUACAGCGGCGCAAUGCAUUCUGUUAGGUCUUUCGUCGGCAGAUGACUCGGGUGCAGAGGACAGCUCCAGGAUGUCAGGUGCAUGCAUACCUUUACCCUAAACUGCCCGGGCUCCGAGAACCCAAGGCCCCACCCUGACGACUUCGCAUGUUUGGAGCGCGGUUACCAGGAAUGACCUAUGAGCGUGCUUUGUUGUCGGUCCGGUCGCCUGAGGAGACACCAUUUCACAUUGGGAAUUGUGACUUUGAAACCAGGGCUGGAGGCAUAAAGUCGCUAGCAAACAGAAUCCCGCUGGGGGGCGGGGCGUCCAGGAGAACGGUCACGUGGAGGAAGCGGAAGCCCUAACCAUCUCUCACCUUCGCCCAACCUAUCUUUGCACUAGUCUGUGUUUAGGAGGACUGGAGCUCCGUCUUCCUCCUACUUUUGUCACGCCUGGUCCCGGACGAUGGCUCCGCCUGGGGAUCCCAGGCGCCUCUGCAGGCUGGUGCAGGAGGGCCGGCUGCGCGCUCUGAAAGAGGAGCUGGAGGUAGCCAGAGGUUGCCAGGGGCCAGCCGGGGACACCCUUCUCCACUGUGCGGCCCGCCACGGGCGCCUGGACAUCCUAGCUUAUCUAGUGGAGGCUUGGAGUAUGGACAUCGAGGCUGCCAACCGAGACUACAAGCGGCCUCUGCACGAAGCUGCCUCUAUGGGCCACCGGGACUGCGUGUGCUACCUCUUGGACCGAGGUGCAGCCGUGGACUCCUUGAAGAAGGCCGACUGGACUCCUCUGAUGAUGGCUUGUACAAGGAAGAACCUUGAAGUGAUCCGGGUCCUUGUGGAACACGGCGCCAAUCCGCUCCUGAAGAACAAGGAUGGCUGGAACAGUUUCCACAUUGCCAGUAGAGAAGGCGACCCUGUGGUCCUCCAGUACUUGCUCACUGUCUGCCCGGAUGCUUGGAAAACAGAGAGCAAAAUUAGAAGAACUCCUUUACACACUGCAGCGAUGCAUGGCUGUUUCGAAGCAGUACAAGAGCUUCUUGAUAGGUGUCACUAUGAACCAGACUGUAGAGAUAACUGUGGCGUCACGCCCUUCAUGGAUGCAAUUCAGUGUGGCCAUGUUAACAUAGCCAAGCUGCUCCUUGAAAAACACAAGGCUUGCUCUUCAGCUGAAGAUAGUCUGGGGGCCCAGGCUCUACACCGGGCAGCAGUCACUGGGCAGGAUGAAGCCAUACGAUUCCUGGUGUCCAGUCUUGGCAUUGAUGUAGAUGUGAGAGCAAAGUCAACCCAGCUAACAGCACUUCAUUAUGCAGCCAAGGAAGGACAGACGAGCACAGUUCAAACUCUGUUAUCCCUGGGUGCAGACAUCAACUCUAAAGAUGAAAGAAAUCGCUCAGCCCUGCAUCUGGCCUGUGCAGGUCAGCAUGUGGCUUGCACCAAGUUCCUCCUGCAGUCAGGACUGAAGGAUUCUGAAGACCUAACAGGCACCCUGGCCCAGCAACUCACAAAGAGUAUAGAUAUCCUUCAGGACUUUUGACCACACCGUGAAAUCAUAAGGAUGUUUGAAGAAGGAGGCAAUAAAGUCCAUGGUAAUUCACAUCCUGCUUUUUCAGUUACUGACAAAUGAGUGAGUUGCUUCUCAGCCAGUGUUUUCGUCUCCUUCUGCUGUCCCAUCUUCAUGUUCCUCUGCUGGAAGACUUGCCAGAUGACCAGGACUCUGGAUUCCUGGCAUGUUGUACGAUCUUGAACACAGCCUUUUCUUUUUUUUUUUUUUUUCUUUUUUAGACUGUACUGGGGAUUGAAAUCAGAGCCUUGCACAUGCCAAGCAAGUACCGUGCCACUGAGCUACAUCACCAGCCCCAUAUUUUGUUUCUUCUGCCCUUCAGGUGGAGUGAGAUUAAACAUCGUGUCCUGCGUACCCCUAGGUUUGAAAUAUGUAAUGUGAAUGAAUAUAACAUAGCCUUCUUUAAAUAUAUGAAAAUGUAAUAAAACUAAAAUGUAAAUUGCUGUUUACUCAAGCUGUAAAACAUAA